AUGCGUUUGCUACCCUUGCGCACCUGUCUGUUAAAAAGACAGGUCUCUUUUCAAAGAUUUUAUCAUGCAUUACCUAAUAAGGUGGGAAUUCAGUUAACUCGAGACCAGCAAGAAUUGACAGAAGCGGAACAUGACUUGAUGAAAACAAGUCGUAGUCCGAACGAUAUAUUACAAGUGCCAGGCAGCACUUAUGGUGGGUUAUAUACACUAAAAUGGGCAGAAAAACCAAAUAAUAUACUUAUUGUCAAAAAGCCUCAAGAUGACAAGACAGCAAGAGCAAUGAUAGAAUUAGCAAAUUGGCUACACCAAACACGACCUGAUAUGAACAUUAUUGUUGAACGAUAUGCGGCGGAACAAUUUAGAAAAGAGCUUCCGUUUGUUCAUGUCAUUGACCAAAACGAAUAUACAAGGACAGUUGACUUUGCCAUCACACUAGGUGGAGAUGGCACGCUUUUACAUCUCUCCUCUCUAUUUCCCAAAGCUGUACCGCCGGUCGUCAGUUUUUCGCUAGGCACAUUGUGCUUCCUUAUGUCAUAUCGGUUUGAUAGAUACCAAGAUAUAUUAGGCAACAUGAUCUCAGGCCAUAACAUCGGUCUGAAUAUGCGCAUGAGGCUCUUUUGUUCACUCCAUCAAUCGAACGGUAAACGGAUCCAGGUGGAUGGUAAGGAAGUGCGAGAUAGACAGGUGAUGAACGAAGUAACCUUACAUCGUGGUCGAUACCCUCACUUGGCGGCGGUUCACUGUUUGGUAGAUGAUCAGUACCUGACUGAAUGUAUCGCAGACGGUCUGAUUGUUUCCACUCCAACAGGAUCCACUGCUUAUUCGCUAUCGGCGGGCGGGCCAAUUGUUCAUCCGAGCGUACAGAGUCUUGUGCUAACGCCUAUCUGUCCAAGAUCGUUAUCCUUUCGAACAGUGCUGCUGCCAUCGAGUUCAAUCAUUCAACUAAAGAUUGGUGAGAAUACAAAAAAUCCAACAGAAGUAAGCAUGGAUGGUCAGGAAAUUUUCAUGUUGAAUAAAGGCGAAUAUGUAAAAGUGCGUAUGUCAAAAUACCCCAUUCCGUGUGUUCAAGGUGCACGUUGGGAAAAGGAUAUUAACGAACUCUUGAAAUGGAAUCAAACGUUUGGUAGAUAA